AGGUUACAGCAAAGGCACUGCUCACUAAGAUCUUACAGCUGUGUUUCAGUGAGUGUGAGCCUAAAGUACUUUGAACAACGACUGCAGUAUGUUACACGCCUAAAUUAUACAUAAUUUAUAAAUAAAAUAAGUAGAGAAAGAAUUCCGGACAGGAAUGGAAGGCGGACAAUCACCCUUACUUGGGAACAUUACUUCAUUGGGUGGAAUACAGUAACUUUGUCCCGGCUACACCGGUAGUCGAAUGCACCCACGUCGGGGCCUCGGGAGGAGAGGGGUUGUGGCAGAGAGAUCAGCUUGCACUAAAUCCGGACAAAAUAGACGAAUCACAAGGAAAACUAUCUACUGCUUGGAACUACGACUAAUUUAAAAGCAAGAUGUGUGCGGAGACUACAAGCAGCGGAUCUCUCUCUGCUCGCGUGGUUAUGGGUUCGUAAACACAACCGAAAGUUGCAGUAUUUCGGUGAGUAAACGCUCGUAUUUGCCGUGCUGCGUUACAACCAGGCAGCACAACCACGGCCACACCCUCUUCUGCUUCCUGAUACAGAAGAUGUAGCGGGAACACAUAACCGACUCCCAAUCAAGAAUCACGACCACUUCUCUCCAAAGGAGUUUCAAAGUCAACAUCGGAGGUAAAAGUUGUGAGUUGUACUUCAAAAACGGAAGCUUUUCGACCGGAAUACGACUGAUAUGGAUACCAAAACCGAAACGCGACGCCACGAACGCCGGACUAGAUCAUGCCUAGUUUUUAACUAAAGAGUGCUUAUGGACAGUAGAAAUGUACAUAGACUUGUACCUGGAGGAGGAACUAUUUUAUAUUCCGGGACCGUGCAUGAAAAAGAAACGAUUGAAAGCCGUGAAAGGUUCGCCGCAAUUGGCCUGUUGCUCUUGCACUGGAGGCUUUUAUUUUGGAAGAUUAAUGGAAUGAUGGUGCAGGAAAAGCACUGCGAUCCUGGUGAGGUCAAUCGGAACUGCUCUGGUGGUGGUCGUGUUGUAAGAGGCAUGAAACUGCCUCACUGUCACUUUAGGGUGGUCAAACGGAUUUUGAACAGAUCAACCUAUAAUACAGUGCACAGAAGCCCGGCUGCUUUCAUGCUAGCGGGUAUUUUAAAUUCAGAUUUGCUCGACACAAAGUAAACGAAAGGACACUUGGCUGAUUAACUCAAAGGUUGUACCUAACACAAACAGACUUUACUAAUACUGUUUAUUUUCGUAGCUGCAUAGUAUACAAAUAUUUUUUAUAAUUGUUGUGUUCAGUCUGCACUUCGCCUACACAGAGGCAACCCGGUGGCACUGCAGUUUUUUUGAUUUUACAUUUUGUGUUAUUGUUUUGACCGAUAUAUAGCAAUUUAUAUCUUAUUAAUGCAAAAAAUACAACCUGUGAAUUAUUUUAAACAGCUGUGGGCUAAAUUGGCAUACCUUAGGUGAAACAGUAAGGGCAUUUAACCAGGUUAAUAUAAGUAAAGAUAAAGCACAGAAAAAAUCCUGAGUUACAACGAAGGGAAGUUCAGAUGCAGCUGCUGGGUUAUUGAUAAUCCAUUUACAUGUUCAGUGAAAGGCAUACCAAUGCUAUUUGGUCUUCUAGGUGAAACAUAAUGAACAUCACUUAAAUCUGUGGCUGUCAUACUCAGUUUAGAAACUAAAACCUGUUGAAAACUAAAAGCUUUAUUUGGAUUCUUAAAAAAAAUAAUUCUGUAUCACCAUUCCCACUCCCUUGCUGUUUACAAAUUGAAAUCUUAUUUGAAAAAUACUGCAUUGCAGUUAUCCAUUCUGCAUCAGUUUUAGUAAAUGUUUACUUUUAUUAUUUCAAUGUCCUGUGCUUUUUCAGUUUUGGAUUUAACGGUGGAUAAACUUAAAUGCAUACUUUCUGAAGGACAAUAAGGAAGUCUUUGGCCAGUUUCAACUCUGUGUUUGUUUUUAAGUACAUGAGGAUUUUGGCACAAAAAUGUCUUAAGUAACAAUCCCUUACAAGGGAGUGUGUGGUUUAAUCCUUUUUGUGGAAAAAACAAAGCACCACAAAAAAAAAAAAAAAAAAAUCAGCUUGACCACCCUACUAUGGCUAGUAGUGGCUCGGGGAAGUCAGCUAGUGAGGGAUCUACCAGUGUUCCGAGCGGCAGCUUACAGCAGAGGAAAAAGCUCUCGUCCGUCUGUGACUCAUGCAAGGCCAAGAUGCAGCUGGUUGCCGACCUGCUGCUGCUGUCCAGCGAAACCAGGCCGGUCGCUGGUGCUGAAGGUCCGCCGGUGGCAGAGACGUUCGAGGCGUGCCGGGACACGGUCAUCGCCAGGACCAAGGAGCUGUCAAUCCUGACGCACGACAUCCAGAGCCAGCUCAACAUGGGCAAGUUCACCGAGGUCGGGGACCGGCUCCUGGAAAUGGGCGACCUGGUGAUCUCGCUGACCGAGUGCUCGGCGCACGCUGCUUACCUGGCUGCCGUGGAGACGCCGGGCUCCCAGCCCUCCCUUCCGGGCCUGGUGGACCGCUACAAGGUGACCCGCUGCAGGCACGAGGUGGACCAGAGCUGCGGCGCGCUCAGGGUCACGGCCCUGGCGGACCUGACCCCCCAGCUGCUCCUGGAGGUGUCCCAGAACAUCUCCAGGAACCUGAAGACCCUGACGGACGCCUCCGUCCUGGCCAGCGAGAAGUCCAAGGACAAGUUUGCCAAGGAGCAGUUCAAGCUGGGCGUUAAGUGCAUGAGCACGAGUGCCACUGCUCUUCUGGCUUGCGUGAAGGAGCUGAAGACCUCUCCCAGCGAACUGACCCGGAACAGGUGCGUCCUCUUCAGUGGGCCCCUGGUGCAGUCGGUGCACGCUUUGGUGGGCUUCGCCACCGAGCCUCAGUUUUUGGGCAAAGCGGCCGCCAUCAGCCCCGAGGGGAAGGCAGUGCAGACGGCCAUUCUGGGCGGGGCGAUGAGCGUGGUCUCUGCCUGCGUUCUCCUGACCCAAGGCCUCAGGGACAUUUCCCAUCAACCCGAAAACAGCACCAAGAUGCCGGACUACCGGGAGCGCUUACGGAAUUCGGCCUGUGCGGUCUCGGACGGAUGCUACUUGCUCUCUCAGGCACUAAGGGAAAGAUCUUCACCCAGGACUUUACCGCCAUUCAACUCUCAUUCUGUGAAUUAAACCCUUUUUAAAAUAAUGAAUCUCCCAGAAAGUUUUUUGUACCAAAGAAACUGAUUAAACUGACCCUUUACAGUAGUAAAGCGAGUGCAAAGAGCAGCGGCGGAGAGUAGUCGGUGACGUGGGUUGGUUUGCGCUUUUUACCGAAAUCAGACGCAACGGGUCUUCUCACGCUGGAUGUGAUUGAAGCCUGACUAAAACAGCCAAACUUAGCAACUCAGUCCUAAUCAGCAUUCACUGUUAGCCCCCCCUCCCCUCUUUGCAAGGAAGUAACAAAUUAAACCAGAAAAGUUUACCUCAGUUUUCAGCCAUUUGAAAACAACUGAUGGAUGUAGCCUCACGCGUGUGACAUUUGAGCUGGUGAUCUAUAGAAGUAAAUGAGCUGUGUAAAAGUGGGAAGCGUGGCAGUGUUUGUUUUCCAUGUGUGAAUUUUAAUGGGUAAAAGCUGCUGUGAGUGUGUGCUAUAGAUUUUACACUAUUUACCAGACUUACUAGUCCUUUCAAUGUGUUUUGAUCAUGCAUGUACUGGAGUAUUUAUUUCAACUAUUAAAAUGAUGUUUCUCAUAGGUGCAGCUGUCAGACUGCUCUUUGGGUAACUAUUCAGUCAGCUUAGACCCACAAAUAAUUUCAAGUAUUCAUAAAAAAUGGGCCAAAAAUGCUAAUUUCUUUAGAAUAUGAUUAGGAACAGUAAACAAAUGCGCAAGGGGAGUUGGACAAUGGUGGUAAACAUUUCACAUGUGCCUUGUGUGGUCAAUGUAGGACGAUUAAUGACUGCAUAUAUUGGCACUAGUACCUAUUUUACACAAGACAGUUCUGGAAUUUCAUCUUUAGAUGAUUAAUGUGUGUGAACACAAAACUCAAUAUACACAAUCCUUGCACAGAUAUUAUUUUAAGCUUCAGAACUUUUUGAAAAAGGCAUUGGAAGUAUAAUUUCCAAGAUUCUCCUAACUUCCGGGCCUCAAAAUCUAAAAAACCGCCAUUGACAAACUUUAUUCAUUAAAAAUGAGAGCACGACUCAUGUAUUUUUGUCAUGAUUUUUUUUUUGCCUAAUCACAAGAAGCAUACUCAAGUAUAACUUGGUUGUAUGUAAUUCAUAAUACAAGAAAGUAUGUCCUCACAUGGUGUGGCGGCAUAGCAACAGUGCAUCUAAUUUGUAUCAGAUUGUUUCCCCUAGUAAUGACGCAUAUAGCCUAGUAGUGGUUAUACAUGAGCAAGUCAAUGGGUAUUUGAAACUGGAAUUUAUUUCGGUAUUGUCAACCAGCAAUAACUAAUGCUUCAUCAGAAAUUUGUGAAACAGGAUGGUAAUUGCGUGACUGUAGGCAUGUGUUAGUGCUGAAGGAAAUAUAACUAUUGUGAGGGAAGUCCAGCUUGUCAGCCAUUUUGGCUCUUUUUCAGGAAUGUGGGGUCUUAAGGGACCUCAGCAAAAAUUACUUCCUGGAAUGCGUACAUGUGACGCACACUUUGGGGUGGCCCCUGUGGGGUCCUCUUUGAAGUGCUCAUCCUGAAGCACUUUCCAAAUGGAGCACUCCUCAGGGUGGCUCCUGCCAGUUUGUGACUUUCAGAAAGGCCUCUUUGGUGGGUGAAAUCUUAUCAUUUGGAGCCUAGAAAUUGGGCCUCAUGUUUCUGUUUGCCUGGAAUACCAAGAACUUACCCUGGGUUUCCAUAGUCGGCAUGAAGGCUUUAGGUAGCUUUGACACAAUUCAUGAGAGGGAAAUCAUAUGUGUGAAAUCAGUAUGUGAUAGUGUGAGUCUGUCCUUUGAGUACAGAAAUAUCAAGUGUCUAAUCCUCUCCUAGGAAAAAAAGAAAACAAUGCUGUUUUGUGGCUUCUGGUGCAUUAUAAUUGUUUAAAUGAAUCCCAUCUGCAGGGUUAAAAUUGGAAUUGUUUAGUUGAGUUUUUGGGAACUACGCACAUAUGUUAAAUUAGAAAGAAUUUAUAUGUUUAAUUGGUCUCUUAAUAACUGGCAUAGAAAGUAACAUGUUGGUAGUUCCUAUUUAACAUAAAUAAGAAAUUCAUACUAAAAUGUUAACUGUAACCGGAAAUGUAACUUUGAAGUGAUGUCCUGGACAUGGGACCAUAUGGGAAUAUAGGAAUUAGAUGGCAAUAUAUUUUGUAAUUCAUA